CACUCACUACUGAUUAUCUCUUCUUCUUCGCUUAUCAACUUUUAGUAUUCAUCCAUGGCUUCGUCUUCCAACCAAGCUUCUCUUGCCGCCCUAGAAGCCAUGGAAAUGGAAGACACAGCCUUCGACUACUCCAAACGCUCUCAGUGGCUCCGAGCGGCCGUCCUCGGCGCCAACGACGGCCUGGUUUCCACCGCCUCCUUAAUGAUGGGAGUUGGCGCCGUCAAGCAAGACAUCAAGGCUAUGAUCCUCACCGGCUUCGCGGGGCUCGUGGCCGGCGCCUGCAGCAUGGCCAUCGGUGAGUUCGUCUCCGUCUACUCGCAGCUCGACAUAGAGGUGGCCCAGAUGAAGCGAGACAAGAAGGAAGGUGAUCAAAACGCGGAGGAGAAGGAGAGCCUGCCGAACCCAUUGCAGGCGGCUGCUGCUUCGGCUUUCGCGUUCUCGGUUGGGGCAAUGGUGCCGCUGCUGGCGGCUUCGUUUAUCAGGGAUUACAGGGUUAGGGUUGGGGCGGUGGUGGCGGCCGCGAGCUUGGCCCUGGUGGUGUUCGGGUGGCUGGGGGCGGCGUUGGGGAAGGCGCCGGUGGUGAGGUCUGGGAUUAGGGUUUUGGUCGGAGGGUGGCUGGCCAUGGCCAUUACCUUUGGGUUGACAAAGCUCAUUGCUUCAAGUGGGCUGUAAAUUAACUACAAGCUCUCAAAACCCAAGAAAUUAAGGAAGAAGAUGAUGAUGAUGAUGAAAGAAAGUGGGUUGUAAAUUAAAAGAACUACAAAUCUAUAAAAGGCUUGUUUGAAA